UGCUGCUACAUCGCUCGCCAUCGACCUAGUUCCUCGCCAAAGCUACACCCUCGCCGGUGCGCAGUCUGCGGUGCUCGCGCUGCUCUUCUCGCGCGGAUUUCUUGUCGCACCAUCGUCAUCAUACCUCGUCGCUGGUGCUGACGCCAUGGAGCAGCACGUCCUACGCCAAGACUCUCUCAUAGCCAUAGCUCGCCUGUCACGGAACGUCGCUGCGUCGUCUUCCUCACGUGUUGCUGCUCGUGCCAGCUCGCCCUGGGAUUUCACUCACCGAUGUUAUCUCGAGCCUGGAGUUCCGUGUGCCGCACGCGUUGCUCACCGAAGAUCCUUGACGACAACCACAUUGCUACGUCAAUGUCUGUUACUUGAUGUUGUGCCGAACCAAGGCUCAGCAACAUCACGACACUCGGGAGGAGUCCGAAGCUCACACAGUCAACAACACUGUGUCCGAGUCAAGCAUAAGCUAUUACAGGAAGCUUCGUCUUCAGGAUGCAAGCCUCUUCCUCAUGACGAAGGUACACGAGAUGAAGACAAAUCUAAAGAUGAUAAGAGUAAACGCCGAAGCUAUCGCCAGAUGGACAGCUUCAGCUCAUAAUGGAGAUGAAGUAUAAUGAUGAUGCUGACCGAAAGGGAAAAAGACUACUAUGUCCUUAAUGUCUUGUAUUACGAUCAUACGUGAAUAUUGGGGACAUAAAUGUACUUUUACCCGGCUGCGUCUCGUGCCUAUAAAUAGAUGAACAGUAGCAUCGUACUGUUCACGCUGAAUAGUAAUCGUUCUCUCGCAUCUUCACCUUUGAGUAAGCCAAAGGUAUCAAUGUAAUAUGAAUUCUGUUGAUAUUCAUACAUGUUUUAUUGAAUGCGAAUAUG